AUGAACGAGUUAUCUGCACUCUGUGGUAUAAACAUGCCUGAUUUAAUCUUUAUUUCUGAUACAUGGUUUACUGAAACAUCUGCCACUCAAUUAAAUAACUAUUCACUAGUGAAAAAAAAGAGAAUAGGUCACGGUGAAGGGGUUGCUAUCUACAUUAAGCGUGAUUUAGUUGCGCAUGAGGUAUCUGAUUGUCAUCUAAGAGAGACUUUAAACAACAGCAACUCCGAGCAAAUAUGGUGCGAAAUUAAAAUCAUUAACGAAAUGAUUCUUAUUGGGUGUGUCUAUAGACCACCUUUAUCCCAUAUAGAUGAUAGAAAUAAAACAAUUAUUUCAGCUAAGCAAGCUGUUGAUAGAAAAGCGUAUAGUUGUAUGUUAUUAGCAGGUGAUUUCAACUUUCCGGAUAUUAAAUGGCAUAAUGACGAAAGAAUUGAAUUACUAAGCGGUCAAAAUAGUGCUGCAAGUGUUUUUCUUGUAACUUUGGCUAAUCAUAAUCUAGAACAAUUAGUUGAUUUCUCAACCUUCGAAGCAUCUAAUGGAAAUGCAAAAAAUGUUUUGGAUUUAAUUAUUACAGACUCUUCAACUAGAGUAAUCAAUUUAUCUAGCUCUAUGCCGUUAGGUGAUUUGUCACAAGGUCAUCGCAUAUUGAGUUGGGAUUAUGUCGUCCUUUCUAAAAAUAGGACAACUUUCUCAAACAAAAAAUAUGAUUUUAAUAAGGGUGACUAUAAAAACUUCGGUAAAAAGAUUAUGGAAACUAACUGGCAGCAAUUAUUUGAAAAUAAAAACACUAACGAAUGCUAUGAACUUUUCUGCAAUAAAUAUGAUAAACUCAGCAAGCAAUUCAUCCCAUUAAAAAAAGUCCAUUCUACUCGUAAUGCACCGUGGAUGAAUAAGGAAGUAUUAGUUAUGAUAAAGAAAAAACAACAACUGGGCAAUUACUUAUCUAUGACAAACUGGGGAUCAACGACCCUCAUUUGUGAAUAUAAGAAACUAAGAAGCCAAGUUCAGAAAGCAUGUACACAUCGUGUUCGAGUAUUUGAAGCCCAACUGGCAUCAGAUAAAAAUAAUCCAAAAAGAAUGUAUGCUUAUGCUAAAGCGCAACAGAACGUACAUGUAUCUAUUGGCGCUAUAUCAGAUGCAAAAGGUAAAACGUUAACAGAGGCAAUACAUAUCGCAAACAGACUUAACGAACACUUUAAAUCAGUUUUUGUUGAUGAUAGCAUAAAUGAUCAGUUACCGGUUUUUGAGAGAAGACAUAAUCAAGAAGACUUAGGCGAUGUAAUAAAAAGUUUUGAAGCAACGCUAGCCUAUUUAAAUGGUUUGAACCCGAACAAAUCUAUUGGUGUUGAUAACAUUAUUUGGUUCAAGAUUUAA